ACCAGUUAGGAGCUGUAACGGGUUAUCGCUGUGAGGAGCUUGGGUACAAUCAUGUUGUCGAAUAUUGUCAGGCGAAGCGCUAACCUGUUCGGGGUUUUCGUGAGGCAGAUGAGCCAAGGGAAUAAGUCCAUGUCGGCCAUACAGGAUGCGGAGAAAAAUAGAAUAGUUUGGAUUGAUCUGGAGAUGACAGGGCUGAAUAUAGAAACAGAUCAGAUCCUGGAGAUAGCUUGUCUUGUCACGGAUGGACAGCUCAACAUUGUUGCUGAGGGUCCGAACCUGGUCAUCAAUCAACCGGACUCUGCACUGGACGCCAUGGACAAUUGGUGCACAGAGCAUCAUGGGAAGUCUGGUUUGACAGAAGCCGUGAAGAACAGUAAGAUCACUUUACCCAAAGCUGAACAGGAAGUUCUGCAGUUUGCCAAAAUGCACACUCAGCCUGGGGUGUGUCCUCUGGGAGGCAACUCUGUACAUGCAGACAAGAUGUUUCUGAAAAAGUACAUGCCACAGCUCGUGAACCACCUGCACUACCGCAUCAUGGACGUGAGCACUGUGAAGGAACUCUGCAGGAGAUGGUGUCCUGAGAAAUAUGAAGCAGCGCCCAUAAAGAAGGUUUCCCACAGAGCACUGGAUGACAUCAAGGAAAGCAUCGAGGAACUCAAGUACUACCGUGCCACCAUAUUCCGCAUUUGAAACACUCAUUCAGCAUUAACAUGUACAGAGUUGCAGAAAGUGAAGGAUGUGAACAUUUCUUCAGAGGGUGGCAUUUUGGAAGUUGGAAGGACAUUUCUGUUUACAGGGCAAUGCCUUGAGCUUUCUUUUAAAGUUGAUGGGUAAAGGUGCAGCAGAUGGACUGAGCCACCUCAGAAUGCUUUGAAGGACUGAUUGCCAAGCCUUGUCUGUGUAGUUGUACCUUAUGGUGGUAUCCUACUACAUCAUGGCAUGGUUGGUUCCCUGAUAUGGUAUCCCCACAGGACUACAUCUAAUUGUGUAUAAUUUCUUUGGAAUACUGCGCAUAUCACUUACAUCAGUGCCGGAACCAUGGAUGAGGAAUUCACUUUCACGAUCACCAGGUUGCCGGCGUUGGUCCAUCAAUGAAAAUAAGAAGCUUCACAUCAACAACCUAGAAUUCAAGGCAGAGAUCCUGGUGUUAAGUCAUUGGGCGGUAGUUCUACAGGCAUCACACCUCAUGACCCAGUCAUACAACAUAUCAGUGGUUUGGUCAUCAACAAGUCUUCCAAGUCAACUCUGGCAACAAUUAUCUCCCUCCACAUUCAGGUUCCAUUCUGGCACAUCCCAGGGAUUCACAAUGUAAAACCAGAUAUCAAAUUAAUCAACUAUACUGAGAAAGUGACAACUACAUUUACAACAUUUUGAUGGAAUUACAACUUUAUCCAAACCCAAUUCACACCUCAGUUCAGCACAUACCUUCUACAUGAUGCCUAAAGGCUACAUUUCCUGAAUGUGCUCAGUCCAGUAACUGAUACCACUAUGGUUUCACAAAUCUCCACAAUAACAGGACUGCAGGCACAUAUUUGUUGCUACAAACUGGCAGACCGUCAUGAUUAAAACAUGGAAUCUCAGUGUCA